AUGACAGAUAAGUACUUAUGGAAUAAUCUGUUGAGCCUCUGUGAGUGGGAAAGCCACCAGGUGAAAAACGAAUCAAUUAGCAAGCAUCAGCACCGAAACUUUGUGUUCUCCAGACUACUUUUUGAUUCUAAGUUAGUUGCCUUCAGUGUAUUCGUAGUUCAGUUUGGGAUGAUAAGAUAUCCUUUGCCCCCGCAUUUGAGGGAAUUGCGGACAAAGGAUGAUGUUGGAGAGGUCGUGCGUAGAUGCAUGAAGAAUAUUGUUGUUGUAAAAGGACCGAAUAAUGCUGUUAUUAUAAAGGACCUUCAAGGACGAUUUUGUUUCAAUACAAGCCUCUCCGAGCUCAACGAGGCUCGUGCUAUGCCGCGUACCAAGCAGGUAAAUAAUCUUAUAUCACAAUUUCUUUCACUAUUUGGGAGAUUUCCACAAAAACUUUCGGAUCCUCAUUGAAACUUACCCCGGAUCAACAACUAAUCACUUAAGUUUAUGAUUCUUUAAGUUUAUCGAUGUGUUUGGACGUAAUGUUUUCCAUGUUAUACAUAGGUAACUACCUAUAUUGCAAUAUUUUUUACCAUAGAUUAAUCGAUGU